AGUGUGCAGAGACAAGUGGCUGGAAGUCGGCGGCACAAAGUGCCUGUUACAGGAGACCUCAGCCUGGGCCAGAUACCCCCACAGAUACUGGUUGAGGGGGCCAAGGACCGUUAGCCAAGAUAGGCACUCCUUCCCAGCGCGACACCAGACCCAAGUUCUGGUGCCACUGAGAUCCCAGCUCGGCAGGGUCCCGGACUCCCUCAGCCAGCAGACUCUGGAGACCACCCACCCCACCUCGAUGAGACCUGGCCUGCGGCGCUGGCCUGAGUCACGGGGGAUGGACUCCCUGCAAAAGCAGGACCUCCGGAGGCCCAAGAUCCACAGGACAGGCCCAGUGUCCCCCUACCAGCCGCCAACGCUGUCCUCACUGCAGCGCCUGCUGUGGGCCCGUCGGGCCGCCACACUGAGCCACGUCAACGAGGUCUGGCCCAACCUCUUCCUGGGAGAUGCGCAUGCAGCCCGGGACAGGAGCAAGCUGACCCAGCUGGGCAUCACCCACGUUGUGAAUGUUGCUGCGGGCAAGUUUCAGGUGGACACAGGCGCCAAGUUCUACCACGGGAUGCCCCUGGAGUACUACGGCAUCGAGGCAGAAGACAACCCCUUCUUCGACCUCAGUGUCUACUUUCUGCCAGUCGCCCGGUACAUCCGAACUGCCCUCAGUGUUCCCCAAGGCCGCGUGCUGGUACACUGCGCCAUGGGGGUGAGCCGCUCGGCCACGGUCGUCCUGGCCUUCCUCAUGAUCUACGAGAACAUGACCCUGGUGGAGGCCAUCCAGACGGUGCAGGCCCACCGCGAUAUCUGCCCCAACUCGGGCUUCCUCCGGCAGCUCCAAGUCCUGGACCACCGCCUCGGGCGGGAGACGGAGCGACACUGACCUGGGGGACAGCCGGGAGCCCUGACCCUCUGUUCAGCGUGGCCCAACCCAACCAGCCUGGCUGUGAGGAUGGCAGCCUCUGCCGUUCCCAGUCCCCCUGAGAUGUACAUAGCAAGUGGGCUUGGCUGAGGCAGAGGCAGGGAGAGCGGGGGGCAGCCUUUAGCAGGUGGAUUUCCCUGACCCAAUCCUGAGAUUCUUUAUGCAAAAGAGUUCAGUCUGUCUCUAUAAUAAAAGGUUCAUCGUCAUAGAAACAGGAGACCUUCUGGUGGUU